AUGCCAGGACCGAGGCCACGCGGCCGGGAGCUUCGGGAACACCAGAGCAGGGACCUGCUCACGGGGUUUCUCUUGCAGGUUGGGCAUGAGCCACUACCUCCAACCGUUGGAAGAAACGUGCUGGGAAGGAAAGUCCUGUACCUGCCCGGCUUCUUCACCUACGCCAGACACAUUGUAGAAGUGGAUGGGAAAAGAGGCCUCUUCCGCGGCCUUACUCCUCGCCUCAUCUCAAGCACUUUAUCAACCAUCACCAGGGGGAGCGUGAAGAAGGCCUUUCCACUGGAGGACAUGGAGCACGUUUCUAACAAGGAUGAUGUGAAAACCUCCUUUAGGAAAGUGGUGGAAGAGACAUCUCAUGAGAUGAUGAUGCAGUGUGUGUCCCGGGUUGUCUCACAUCCGCUGCACGUGAUCUCUAUGCGCUGCAUGGUCCAGUUCAUAGGCCGGGAAGUCAAAUACAGCGGCGUCUUCAGCGCCAUUGGCAGGAUAUUUAAGGAAGAAGGGAUCCUGGGAUUCUUUAUCGGUUUAGUCCCUCACAUCCUGGGUGAUGUCAUCUUCCUCUGGUGCUGCAACCUCUUGGCUCACUUUAUCAACACCUAUGCCGUGGACGAUAAUUUCAGCCAGGCAUUGGUGAUCCGGAGCUACACAAAAUUCGUGAUGGGGAUCGCCGUGAGCAUGCUGACGUACCCAUUCCUUCUCGUGGGAGAUCUCAUGGCAGUGAACAACUGUGGGUUGCGCGCCGGCCUCCCUCCCUAUGCUCCUGCGUUUACAUCCUGGAUCCAUUGCUGGAGGUACCUCAGUGCUCAGGGGCAGCUGUUCCGUGGCUCUAGCCUGCUCUUCCGCAGAGCACCCAUGCCAGCCGCCUCCUUCCCCAUCGACUGA